CACAAGAAUACAUUUCUGUUUGCAGUAAAUUUUGGAAUGUUUUAAAUUCUUCAAAGUCAUUAAGAGAAUCAAACUGUAAUGAAAUGAACAUUCUAGAUGAUGUUGUCAAAUACUUUAUGGACUGGCAGAAAAGCUUGGUUACCAUUUCAGAGAAGAAAGCUGAACAAGCAAAACAUUUUAUAUCAUGGCAAACAAUGUUUGAUUUAAUGGUAGGACCCAGUUUUACUUACACAUGGUUCGAAAUAACGGUUUGUGAAUCACUAAUCAAUUUUCAUUUUUCACGAACCCAAUUUCAUAGAAAUUGAUCAAAAUCACGAAUUAAAAGUCUCUCAAAUUGAUAAAAAUAUACAAUAAUAAAUUCAGUUCUUUGUAAAUGUGAUGGAGAAUCAUACAUUCUGAAGAUAUUGUUGUUAAAUUAUAAUUCCACCCAAAAUUCUAUUUCUUUGCGAGUUUGUGAUGUAUAUUAUAUAUUUAAAAAUUACAGUGCUUCCACUUUUUAACUUCCAAUUACAUAAUAUUCCUUGAAAAUUCCUUAAAAUUUCGUUAAAAUAAAAAAAAUUAAUUCAUGAACCGUUUUUUCAGAAUUAAUUCGAACCCUGUUACAUAUAAUUAAUGUAGAUUCAAAACUGCCAAGAUUUAUUUAUUUUGUUAAUUAUGGAAAGUAAUGAGUUAUAAAUUAUAUUUGUUUUUUAAGGUUACCAUAGAUGCCUUAAAAGGACUCCUAAAGUUCAUGGAAAGUGACAAAUUUCAAGAAGAAUAUGGUGAACUAUUUCUAAUACCUGGAAAACUUAAUCAAGACUUUGUGGAGUCCUUUUUCUCAUGUCAGAGACAAAUGUGUGGUGGCACACAAAAUAUGACUGCCUAUGUGUAUGCAUACAACAUUAAUGGGUACAGUUGUUUUCAAACAGCAAAAGCAUUGGGAAAGAAGCAGACCAACGUAUAUGAACUAGAGGAAACAAUGUCAUACUUUGAGGGAGACUGCAAACUUCCACGAAGAAGAAAUGACAAUAGCAUAUUUAAAACAGUUGAAUGGUACAUUGAAAUAUGAGAUCUAAUUCAUGAAAAAACUUGUUUAAACCAUGGCGAAACUAUUGCUAUUUGUUAAAGUUACAUUCCCUAAGAAAUUAUAACUGCACAAGCUGUGUUUAGGGCUCUAAAGGUUAGUCGUCUACCUUGAGCCUCAUACAACUUGGUUGCUGUGAGAAGUUAGCACAAUUUCACCAAGGUUUCCACAAGUUUCAGGGCAAAUAAUAAAUUGUUAUUAAAAUUAUACACUGUACAGAAUGAAUAGCACUGACUUACCAAAUAAUGUUAUACACUACCAACUGACUUCUUGAUAUAGGAAAUUUGCUCGCAACGUUUUUUCUAUAUCUUUAGGUUGUUGGAUAACUCACUAUACACAGCGAUUUAUACUUUUGAUCUCAACCGACACUGUCACCCACUUGCUCACGAUUUUACCACAAGAUUGUCUUAUCCUAUAUAGUGUAUGUGUGUAGUGUUAAUUAGUACUUUUAGACAAAGAAAC